AGGAGCGUGACGUCACGUCAAGUGUGACGUCACAUGUUGUGAACACAAGAGUGUGUGGCGCCUUGUGUAGUGGAGACUGUCUCCCACCCCACCACUGAUGUGGAAUUUUGAUGAUUGUGGACAAAAUGGAGACAGAUGGCCUCAUCAGAACAUUGCUAACAUCUUCAGUGUCACAUACAUCUACUUCCUUGACUGGUUCUCAAAGCAUCUCUCCUGGCAAGUGUCAUGCUGGAUCAUCGGGUCUUAACUCGCUCUCGUUCCGUCGGCCUUGUCCUUCCUCACGACCGGGGUCUCCACGGGCCUUGGGAAGCACCUCUGCAUUUGGUGAGGGCUUGAUGGACUCAAAAUCAAAAUCUCCAGGAGACCCCCAUGCCAGGUUCGCCUCUGUACUGAGGCUUGCAAGUGGACAGGAGAGCGAGACAGACAUAGUGAUGAUUGACCAUUCAUACGCACGACCUUGGAAUUGGCGACCAGAAGCUAUAAAUGCUCGUCCCAGGAAGAUGUUGUUUAUGGCGAAGACUUCUCGUCAAAAUCGCUAUGAUGAGCCAAUUGAUGUUGACGGCGAACCACCACCACCACCUCCAUUACCAUAUGACUUGUGCAAGGCCCAGCAAGUGAUGAGCGAGUGUGAACGCCACGUUGUGUUUGCUAGACUGGACCAGAUCAAGCCAGAGCAGUGCCCGGAUAAGAACCAGUCACCAGAGGAUGAAAAUGAAGACUGGGAAGAGAAAAUACCUAAAAUAGGGUGGACAGAGUCACAGACGGCCCUUUUCAACAAGGCAGUGCAGAUCCUGGACUCUGAUCGUCUGGGGCGUCUUGCUCUCAAAGAUUGUCACAAUGAACCUGUCACUCGCAGAGCUCUAGUUGAUAAGACGUCGGCUAAGUUUCGGCAGGCACUUGCUCGGGUAAAUUGGGACUCCAAGUUGACCCAGUGGCUCCACUCCAUCCUAUUACAGCACCUCAAUCUUUUGUACUUGGCUGCUUACCUCGAUAUUUUGCAGACGCUAAAAUCCAAGAUUCCAACACUAAUCGAUAAGAUGGUGUCCCUCAGCAGCAAUCACCGAGGUGCAAGUGUUGAGGCUCUCAACCUGUUGCUGAAGCGUCCCUGGGAUCCUGCGGUACCUUCACUGAAUCACCAUAAGCCAAGAAAGCUGGACGGUUCUGUAAUCAUAGUGCAAGUGCCAAGUGGUCCACCGUCCAGCAUACCCCAAGCUCCUCGUCGCAUACGCUUCUUCAAUUCUCAGUUACAACAUAUGGCUAAGACAGUUCCGGUUAUGAUCACCCCAGAUAGCAAUGAAGCGAGCACAGUUUUGGAGCAGAUCUUGAGUGAGGUGCGCGCCCGUGUGCUGGAGUGCAAGAGCCAGUAUCCCAUCAGCCCGAUAGUGCUCCUUGGCUGGGGUAUUGGUGCCGUUAUUGCCUGCCACGUGUCCAUGCUGGAGACAGUGGCAGCCAAUAUUUGUCUGGGGUUCCCCAUGACUGGUGCAUCUGGCAAGCGAGGGGAGGCUGAUGAUCCACUCCUUGACUGCCGAACCCCGACCUUGUUCAUUAUUGGCGAGAAAGCUGCAAAUGCCAAUGUGGAUGAUGUGGAGGACCUGCGUGUGCGCCUGCGUGCAGAGACUGGCCUGGUGGUUGUUGGGGGGGCCGACUCUCACCUUCGUUUAUCUUGCCAGAAACGCCAUUUCGAAGGUGUCACUCAAUCAAUGGUUGAUCGAUGCAUAGUGGAUGAGAUUGGAGACUUCUUGUGUCAUCUGUUAAGCGGAGGCUCGGCAAAUUCGCUGUAUUCAACAAAUCCUUCCCAGAGCCAACAUGUUAUGUCCUCUACUGUCUUCCCUCAAACAUCUCUUUCAUCAUCAUUCACAAAUCCUCUGCCUCCAAAGUCUCAACGCAAGGAAGGCGUAAGGAAACGAAAGGUAUCGACGGGAUGUUUGUUGGAUGGUUCAGCACCCCCUUCUCCUGCAAAGCUCUCCCGACCAAGUACUCCAAUCAGCAUGAGUGGAAGUAAUGUUAAGAUACCGGUGGGUGUAUCAGCUCUCUCCUCUCCUGGAAUAGCAUAUAGUGUGGGCGAGUCUACCUUGAGCACCCCAUGCUCAUCGCCCUUCCAAGCAAAUGCUCAUUCCUCCCCUUUGAGCGAGUGUUCCUCCCUUUCCAACUCGUGCACACCCAGAUCAUCUGGAGGGACCUCUCAGGCCUCCCCAAGUACUUCAUUAAAGCGCAAGUACACACGUAAAGCAGAGUCUCGUCGUUACCCCAAAAUGAGGAGUCUCACUACAGAUCUUUCAAGUGGCCUUUCAGCAUUCUCUGCAACCCUCACCUCACCCCUCUUGUCUACUGUGAGCUCUGGAACUGCUCUGGGAACCAACUUUGUAGAAGAUUCAUUACCUAUUCAGCCCAAGCAGGCAACAGUAGAAGGCACCACACAGGACCAACUGUCUCCCUCCACCUCCCCUGUACUGUGCUCCAUCCCAUCACCCAUAUCGUCGUCUGUGACCACCAUUCCGCUCGGAUCUCUGGCUCCGCUCUCACGUCAGAAAUACCAGAGGAUCCUGAAUCUGCCGGGAGUACGGCAGUCCUCGUCCUCUGACGGCCUCCACUUGACAACUACUGCAGCUGCAAAGGACACCACAUUUACCACAACCACCUUUCACACUACUUCUGCAGGUCUUGCAAGUCUUUCUCAAGAGAUGACUUCAACAAUAUCGUCUUCACACUCUGGUGAAGCCUCAACUUCCGAGUCCAUUGGCAUCACUACUUCCUCUCCUACCCUUGUGUCGAGCUCCAACGGAAGUCCAAUUCUGCGUCAGAGACUUUGUGACACAGCUAGUGGCAGCAGCAGAAUAACAACUGGACUUGUGCUGGGUAACCUGUCAGGAAAGCUAUUAAAAGAAUCUCCGCCUAUGUUCUCUCCGGCCACUUUACCUUCAGCGGGCACACUGGCAACUGUUGUCACCACUACUUCAACUAACACUGCAGAUCUUCAGGCCAGGAAGAUUAUGGGCAGUACUAUUGUGACACCAGUGGGCUGGAAUAAAAAAGGUCGUCCAGCUACAAAAUCGCAGCCUUUGAUGCAUACCUUAACAGCCACCAAAGUGGGUGGGGUUGAGGCACAAGGAGCACGCCUGGGUAAGCCUGUGAUGAACAAGGUGGCCACACCUCUCACUACUCCUAUAUUGCUUUCAACCAAUGAUGCUGCUACUGAAACUCACAUUGCUGCUGUUAAAGUAGGUGGUCCACUCAGCCCUCGAGGAGGUGGGUCUGGGGUGAGGGUCUACUCUGGCAGCCCCAAGACGUCCGCUGCCUCAUUUCUCCUUACCAACGUUACAUCGUCGUCUAGUGUUCGCAUGGCAAGCCCUUCCAUGGUUAUUACAAACACCAUGGGAAUGUCCACUGGCUCUGGAACAGUUAUUUCAGAAAGUUCCCCUCUGUCUCUGGGUGUUGGAUCUGUGGUAGUGAGUGCGGGAGGUGUUAGUGGUGCAGGUAGUGUGCCGAGUAGUGGUCGCAGUAGAGUAAUUCUAACUUCCAGCCCUCGCCUGAUGCGGCCCAUUGUGGCUCAUACCAGCCGCACUAUUUCUACCACUCGCACUUUAAAUACCAGCCGCCCCACGGUGAUGCUGGUAACAACACCCAGCCCUAUAACUCAAGCAUCCUCUACACUCACGACACAUACAACCCCUGUAACACUCCCAACCUCUCUGGUCACCCCAACUCUUGUAUCUUCUACAACAGUUGCACCUCCGAUUACCCUUUUGCAGUCUUCAUCCACCUCAACCUCCACUACACCCUCCAGUGUACCAACGGGGGAAUUAGCUCUGCUUGUGGCAGCUUCUGAGAUGAGCGAAAGAGCAAGAAAUAUAGUCGCUCCAACAAACAGUGGUUCCAGUACAAGUUCAGAUAAUAAAACAUCCUCAGCAGUAACUAGCACUUCAUCAAUAACUGCAGUAAUAUCUAGCACAGAACAUAAGCAUUUAGCAUCAACUAAUAACCUGAACAUUACUACUGAUGAUUCUCAAGUAUGCCAACUACUAGUUUCUCAAUCAUCUGUAACUACCAACAUUACAGAUUCAAACAUGCAACAGUUGACAUCGACCGUUACCACCCCAACAACUAUCACUUGUACUAUUACAGAUAGUACUUUAACAACUACUACAUCGAAUACAACCUCGUCUACCACAGCCAGUGCAAGUUCCGUGAAUUCCCAAUCAUCUCGUCACCAAGGUAUUGUCACAAGGACCUUUACAUUAGCUGGAGGAACAAAUUUGCGUGCUAGACGUAGUAGUGGUCCUCUGAGGGAUGAGGUGGAUGGUAACAGACAUAAUAAGUCGACCGCUACAGAUGCAUCUGUUCGUGCAUCGGCUUCACGCAAGAAUCGUGGUAAAGGCCGCGUAAAGGGCAAGUCAAGUUUGUAGCAAGUCUUUAACAUAGUUCCCCCAGAACAGUGAUGAUCUCUUCCUUUCAGAUGAGUGCAUGUACACUAAUUUUGUUUAAAAGAUAUGUGCUGUAUGGUCUCCCUGGCUUGGUGCCUUCUUUUGAUAAUUAAAGAUAAUGGUCAUAACAUUUUCAAGUGUUACAAUCUGAAUGUGUAAUUUGUCAUAAUGUACCACUGUUUUAUAUAAUUUAUUACUACAAAAUAUAAGACAUUAUUGUUAACAUUACAUUUAUUGGGUGAGCUCAUGUUUUACAGCUGCCAAUAGUCAAUUAUUUUACUCCUAAGGUUUACAAUUACUUCAUAUUUUCAUCAUGCCAAAAAAUUUGUGAAGAAAUAGGUACCUACCAAAGAGAACAUCCGACAGGUAAUGCUGAUGAACAGUUGUCUGUAUGUGAAGUCUACUAUUAAAGCCGUAGUAUACUUUACAUCUGAGCACUGCAGAUGGUGUACACAUUUGUAAUUCAAUGCAGGAUACAUGUACAUAGCCAUAUUUAUAAAAUAAAAGGAUUAGUUUUA